CCGAAAUAUUGCAGAAAACGAGUCACUCAAACGCACCCUCUCCACCCCUUUGGUGUUAUCCAAUGAGGUGAAGGCGGAGGCGUGGCCAAGUAAUGUUUACGUCUGGCCUGCAGAGCUUGAGAAGUGGGCCACCUCAGUGUAAAGAGCACCUGUCACAGAAGAGGCACCCGGAUAGUCAGAUGAGUCACUGCAAGACAGGCGACAAGAAGACUUCAGUGAGAGCUUCCAUGCUGAGGAGAGGACGGAGCGGCCGGGCUCGACAUUUGGCCUGGACUGAAAUGCGGCGCGGGAUGGAUUCCUUGGCGGUUAUGACGACGACAUGCGGAGGGGACGACCGGGAAAGCCGGACAACAACGCAGUCUGAGGCGGAUCAGCUGACGUGCUCCCAGACUGUCCCUGAGGUGACGAGGGAGGCGGCGGCGGAGGAGGAGGCGGCGGAGGUCCCGCCCAGCCUGGUGCCGGUGGUCGGGGAGUCCUUCUGCAAGUGCGUCCAAGAAGAGGAGCUGAGACCAGGCUCGGGCAUCACCACAGAAUGCCUGUGCGGCGAGGAGGACCACGGCUUCCAUUGGGUGUGGGACGGCAACGUCAAGUCGUCAGGCGCCUUCCUCAGCUGCGAUGACAGGAAGGUGAGUUUCCACUCGGACUACAGCUGCGGCACCGCCGCCAUCCGAGGCACCAGGGAGCUGAGCGACGGGCAACACUUCUGGGAAGUCAAGAUGACGUCCCCCGUCUAUGGAACGGACAUGAUGGUGGGAGUAGGAACCUCCGAGGUCAACCUGGAGAAAUUCAAAUAUAACUUUGGAAGCCUGCUGGGUCACGAUGAAGACAGCUGGGGGCUCUCCUACACAGGUCUCUUCCAGCACAAAGGAAACAAAACCAAGUUCUCCUCGCAGUUCGGCCAAGGCUCCAUCAUUGGAAUGCACCUGGACACCUGGCACGGUACUUUGACCUUCUACAAAAAUCGGCGAUGCAUAGGUGUGGCUGCCACCAGGCUGCAGAACAAGAAGUUGUACCCCAUGGUGUGCUCCACGGCAGCCAAGAGCAGCAUGAAGGUGAUCCGCGCCUGUUACACGCCCACCUCCUUGCAGUACCUCUGCUGCACGCGGCUUCGCCAAAUGUUCCCCGCCUGCCCUGACAUAGCAGCUGCUCUGGAGUUACCGCCGGGGCUGUGCACCCUCCUGCGCUCGCAGCUCGGCUGGGUCUUCGCCAUCUCCAACACCGUCGCAAGCGCCAGCAGCAGCAGCAGCAUGGAAGCUUCUGAGCGACACAGCGACGACACACGCCCCCCCAGUCCGCUCCCUGACGUCGCCCUUCAGCCGUGUCCCUGUUCUACGUCCUCUUGUACUUGCCGCUGCCCCCCGACGCCCCCUAGCUGCGGCUACGACAGCUGCGGCUCUGAGCCAGAAGAUUACCAGAGCAAACGAUGCCGAUGGACAUAAAGUUAAAGUACCAAUGAUUGUCUCACACACACUAGGUGUGGUGAAAUUAUCCUCUGCAUUUGACCCAUCACCCUUGUUCACCCGCUGGGAGGUGAGGGGAGCAGUGAGCAGCAGCAGCGGUGGCCGCGCCCGGGAAUCAUUUUGGUGAUUUAACCCCCAAUUCCAACCCUUGAUGCUGAGUGCCAAGCAGGGAGGUAAUGGGUCCCAUUUUUAUAGUCUUUGGUAUGACUCGGCCCGGGGUUUGAACUCACGACCUACAUGAACUGCACCUUUUAAACUCUGUUGGAACUAAGACGGUCAAUCUUAUGUUUAUGGCACAUCUGAACUUGCAAUGUCAAAUACUAGCUACCAGUUUGACCCGAAUAUAAGACGACCCAAAAAAUAUUUUUAAGAAAAAAAAAAUGUGACAGGAAGAAAAGCUCACUUUCUUGGAGAUACGUCGUGGCUGCCGGUGGGUUUGCGGUUUUAAAAAAAAUAUUUUUUUCUAAGGGAAUAGACCGUCUUAUAUCCGGGUCAAUACGGUUAUAGCUAGGCCACAUCUUCAUGUUUUGUAAUAAUUGUACAGUAUAAGGCGUACUUGACAGUUUAUACCAAAAACUAAGAAAAUCAAAAGCUUUUUGAUACUAUACUUUUUGUAUCUGACAAGUUUGUUAUCAACUUUCUUACUCAGGCAAUCCAAGAAAAUAAAAGCCUAAAGGCCUACUGAAACCCACUACAACCGACCACGCAGUCUGAUAGUUUAUAUAUCAAUGAUGAAAUCUUAACAUUGCAAUACAUGCCAAUACGGCUAGCUUGCUAAAAUGCAAUUUUAAAUAUCUUGCUGAAAACGUCUCGGUGUGAUGACGUCAGCGCGUGACGUCACGAAUUGUGGAGGACAUUUUGGGACAGCAUGGUGGCCAGCUAUUAAGUUGUCUGUUUUCAUCGCAAAAUUCCACAGUAUUCUGGACAUCUGUGUUGGUGAAUCUUUUGCAA